AUGUCGUUAGCGGGUAGGAGGAAUGCGACGGGUGCUUUCCAAUCAAUUCCGAUUGUCCCAACAUCUGACGAGCACCUAGCCAGCGCCCUGAAGCGCGCCGGCCGCAUUGGACCCAAUACCAAGCUCAAGAAUGAGGCCGCGCGAGCGCGAAACAAAACUGCUCGCCAGAUGGAUGAGCUUGUGAAGGCCAUCAGCACGCCGCUGGGUGCCUGUGUCAAGGGAUUCCCAGCUGCUGAGCGGCUGCACCCCUUUGAGAGAGCACUGCUGGAUCUGACAAUCGGCUUGGAGCUGUAUGAGAAACGGCUGGCGCGCUUGACCAGCCUGCGCCAGUCUGCUGUCCAGGUGGGGAAGGCGUACGCGGCCAGGGCAGGCAAGGCUGCCAACAAGAAGGAGGCAGAAGCGCUGGGGGUGGAGGGGUUUGAGAAUGUGGCGGCCGUGUACAAGAAGGGCGCCACAGCGGUGGACGGCCUCAAAGACAUGGCGAAACAGCUGCGCAGGCUGCCUGUCGUGGACCUCAUGCUGCCCACAGUUGCACUGGUGGGGGCGCCAAAUGUGGGCAAGUCUUCGCUGGUGCAGAUUCUGUCGUCGGGGCAGCCCGAGAUAUGCGACUACCCCUUCACCACGCGCAGCAUCAAAAUGGGGCACUUCUAUGUGGACGGCCGCCGCCACCAGGUGACGGACACGCCAGGGCUGCUGAACAGGGCAGAGGAGGAUCGCAACGCGAUGGAGCGGCUGACGGUGUCGUGCAUGGCCUUCCUGCCCACCUCAGUGCUGUUCGUCAUUGACCUGACGGGGCAGUGCGGCACCAGCCCGGCCACGCAGUGGCAGAUCCGGGCCGACCUGAGAGCGCGCUUCCCCAACAAGCCCUGGCUGGACGUUUUUACCAAGCAGGACCUGCUGCAGGACGUGCACGCGCAGGCGCAGGGGGCUGCAGCAACAGAGCAGCCGCAAACGCUUGGCGCGACUGGCUCUGCUGUUGACAGCGAUGCCGGUGCUGGCAAUGAGUUGCUUGAAGAAGGGGAGGGCGGGUCGCAGGUGGUAGCCGAUCUGGAGAGUCAUGAAAGGGUCAGGAAUGCAGACAGAGAGGCGUCCAGUCUGAUGGAGGCAUCAGAAACAGCGGCAAAGUUCAGCUGGAAUGACAGAGGCAAGCAGGGCCUUGAUGCCCCUACCAUUGCUGCAGCACUGUCUCAGGCAAUCUGGGUCUCUUCUGUGACAGAGAGCGGUCUGGACGACCUCAGAAGCGCUGUCUUGAGAAUGCUCCAGGAACAAAACAAGCAGGAGCCCGACUACCCUGAAGGUGUAUGA